AAAUGGAGUCUCUAUUCUGUAAUGCUCUUUCAUACAUCCCAUCGCCUACUCGCUCUCUCUGUCUCUUCUUUGUCGCGGAAUCAGUUAGUCGACGAUCAUCUCCUUCUGUUAUAAGAUGAUCGCCUAGUAAUUGAAUAAUGCGCGCCUCAUUUUAAAAUUCCUUUGCUUCCAUACCACGCCGUCUGUCCUUUCUUCUUCUCAUCAUCCUCCGUCUAGCCCAAGGGAACCCAAGUGUUUGUUUUCUUAUUUUUCAUACUUUAAACUUUCUUUUUCUGAAGCUGCGAGUCCAGGGUUUUUUGUGUUCGGAUCGGUUUCUCCUGUAGGAUUUGAUUUGAUUAUUUUCAGUGGGUAAAUAAAGCCCCGACUCCUGACUGAUUAUUUGUUUUUGAAGCUCUGAAGUUAAAAGGAUUUUUUAUUUUUAUUUUAUUAAAAAAAAAGGAUUUCCGAGUCAAAGCUUAAUUCGACGAGGAAGCUAACACGAAAUGCUAGAUCUUAAUCUCAAUGUCGCGUCGACUGAGUCGACUCAAGACUCUGCCUGUGCGACUCUGGUUACUAAUAAGCUCAAUGAAUAUUGUGGAAACCAAAUGGACGAAUCCGAAACCUCGAAUUCCUCAAUCGUAAACGAUGAUGAUGAGUCGUGCUCCACACGCGCCAACGGAGACGCGUUCACUCUAAGUUUCGACAUACUGAAAGUCGGGAGUGGAGAAACCGAGUACGGAAACGACGGUGCACCGGUGGUGGUUACUAAGGAACUGUUUCCGGUGAAGCGAGUAGGAGAGGAUUUCCGAAGCCCCGAAGGGCAGAGCUCGGGAAGUAGUAACUACAACAAAUGGAUCGAUCUUUCGUUCGAGAGAAAAGAAGUUGCUGACCCACGGGUGAUGCAACAACAGCAACCGUCACAGACGACGGUGAAGAAAAGCCGUAGAGGACCUCGCUCUCGAAGCUCGCAGUACCGAGGAGUGACUUUCUAUAGAAGAACUGGAAGAUGGGAAUCUCAUAUUUGGGACUGUGGAAAGCAAGUAUAUUUGGGUGGAUUUGACACAGCUCAUUCCGCAGCUAGAGCCUAUGAUCGAGCGGCUAUUAAAUUUCGAGGGGUUGAUGCUGAUAUUAAUUUCAGCCUCAGUGAUUAUGAGGACGAUAUGAAACAGAUGAAGAACCUCACUAAGGAAGAAUUUGUGCACAUACUUCGGCGGCAGAGUACUGGUUUUUCGAGGGGAAGCUCUAAAUAUCGAGGUGUCACACUGCACAAAUGUGGCCGGUGGGAAGCACGGAUGGGGCAAUUCCUAGGCAAAAAGUAUAUUUAUCUCGGGCUAUUCGACAGUGAAGUAGAAGCUGCAAGGGCUUAUGAUAAGGCGGCUAUCAAAUGUAACGGAAGGGAAGCAGUCACCAACUUCGAGCCGAGUUCAUAUGAAGGGGAUAUAAUCUUGGAUACCAGUAAUGAAGGCAAUACUCACAACCUUGAUCUGAACUUGGGGAUAUCUCCACCUGUUGGCAACGGUUCCGUUGAAAAUGAGGAGCAUCCUCAUUUCCAUUCUGGCACUUCUGACAUAAAUGGCGGCAAGAGUUUAAGGGCAGAGAACCCUGCUGCAGCAACAGUAGGUCCAGCUUACAAAGGGUUAGCGGGGACAUCAGAUCAGCCAAUUUUGUGGAAUAGUGUAUAUCCUAGGUGCUUUCCUAGUGAGGAAAGGGCAAUGGUGAGAAGAGUUGAUAUCGGUCCUCCUCAAGGCCCCCCUAAUUGGACAUGUCAAAUGCGUAGUCAAGUCAGGGCAACAGCAACACCACUGUUCUCUACUGCAGCAUCAUCAGGAUUCUCCUACUUGGCUUCCACUCCUGCUGCAGCGAAACCUAUCAAUCAAAUGACCCAAAAUCUAUGCUUUACGUCGUCAACUGCAACUGCCACCAACACCGCUGAAAUCAAUUUUCAGAUGCAGCCACCACCUUAAGCCAUUUGCAGCAGAAAUGCGACAAUUAACAGUGAUGAUGAUUCAAAUACACUAAUUUGAUACACUUUUAGACUGAAUAGAUUCUAACUUUCUUUUAUGAACGGAAAAUGUAUACUGUGUUGGAUAUACAUCAAGGAAAUGGUAGUUGGAUUCCUAUCCGUGGAGGCAUUAAGGCCGGUUGAACCUUGUUUAGUGAUUUUGUGAGAUGCAUUUUUUGUUUCA